AUGCAUGAAAUGAGUGCAUGUCUCAAGCUUGCGCUUGUUGCGUGUUUGUGUAUAUGCUGCAAUAGUUACUGCAAUAUAUUUCUUGAAUAUGGUUCAAGUGGCGAGCAUCAGCCGACUGAGCCAUUGAAAGUGGCACGAGAGGCCAUCGGCAUGGUGUAUCGGCCAGUGGCACCAGCAUCAGACAUGGGUUUAUCUGAGGGGGCCGAGGAAUCUGAGGUCCUGCAGGAAUCCUCGCCAUCAGAGGUGACCGAGGUGACCUCUCUUGGCAGCUGGCCGCUGCUCCUUGCCUUCAUUAGCUUCCUGCUGGUUUUUUGCCUCUCCGUGCUUGAAACCACAGCAAGACACGAGGAGAUCACAGAUGACUACCGAAACUUGCAAGGAAUGUCGAUGGAAAAGCAGCUUCAAGAUUUCGUCCUCCAUGGUGAUAUUCCAGGAGACUGCGUUGCGUGCCGCAAGCCAAUACCAGCCAGCAAGAGCAUUUGCGGCCACACACCCGGCAGACGGUUGCAGGUGGAGACGCAAAUAGCAGAUUGGUUGGGAGAGGAGGAGAAGAGAGAUUUUGCCGACAUAAAGCAGCAGCUCCAGGACUAUGUGAGUGGCAAACCGGUCAAAGGUCAGUGCCCUGAAUCGAAGCCUGUUGUUUCGAUUUCCAUGAUGGUGAGCUUGAAAGACACACAGGGCAUGGAUGCCCUUUUCAUGCCCAUGCUGGUCAGGGCAGCCACCAGAUCCAUAAGCACAGUCAUGCAGGUGCCAAGCGAGGUGGUCUCCGUUCACCUCAAGCACCCGGCAGAGAAGCGGCUGCUAUCACUUGAGGAUGCAGUUGGUCUCACAGGGCAAGGAUCUAGCGUGGUCAUUGUUGCUGAGGUAACGGCACCUCCGCAGCAAGCCAUGAAGGAUGCAAUGAGUCCGGAUUUUCUCAGCAAGUUCAAGACACAGGUGUUUUCUGCGAUGACGCGGGAGGGUGCUGCAGCAGGCGCAGGCAAUUUUCACAAGAUGGCCCACUUUGAAGAUCCUACGCUCGAGGAGAAAGGUAGCUUGGACAUGGAGGGCGGCUUUGAAAGCACCGGCUUCGGCACGAAGUGUGCCUCUCCAAGGAAUGCCAAACCGCUACCAGGGCACAUGGAGGCUAGCCCUUUUGGGCGAGUUAUCGUGCAGUUUUUCGGAUCGUGCUCCGAGGCGAAGAAGGUCGACUCGUUGAGGGCGUGCGCUGCUGCAUGCAACGGUGAAUCAGGCUGUCAUGGCUUCCAGUUCGGCCACACGGCGCAAAGCUGCCAACUGUGGAAGAUGCCCAUUUGCAAGGGCGAGGAAGCUCUCGGACCAUCAAAACUGGAGUGCUUCCGAAAAUGCGACUGA